AUGCAGAGGCAGACUAGACUCAUGGAGAGGACCAACUCUAUGAGAGGGAAAAGGCCAAUGGAAGGGGGAGAGGAGGAGCAGCCGGAACGAAAGCGGCCGGCUCUCGCUAGUGUAAUUAUAGAAGCUCUCAAGGUGGACAGUCUGCAGAAGCUAUGCUCAUCAUUGGAACCUAUUCUUCGUAGAGUUGUAAGCGAAGAAGUGGAACGUGCGUUGGCUAAGUUAGGCCCUCCGAGAGUUAAUGGAAGGUCUUCCCCAAAACGGAUUGAAGGUCCCAAUGGGCAAAACUUGCAGCUAGAGUUUAGGUCCAAUUUGUCUCUUCCGAUCUUCACAGGAGGGAAAGUUGAAGGCGAGCAGGGUGCUGCAAUUCAUGUUGUUUUGGUUGAUAGAAACACACAGCGAGUUGUGACUUCAGGACCUGAAUCCUCUGUAAAACUGGAUGUUGUUGUGCUUGAAGGUGAUUUCAACAAUGAAGAUGAUGAAGGCUGGACUCAAGAAGAAUUUGAUAGCCAUGUGGUGAAAGAGCGUGAUGGGAAGAGACCUCUGUUGACUGGGGAACUGCAAGUAACCCUCAAAGAAGGGGUAGGAACACUAGGGGAUCUGACCUUUACAGAUAACUCAAGUUGGAUACGAAGCAGGAAGUUCAGGCUUGGAAUGAAAGUUGCUUCGGGAUUUUGUGAGGGCAUGCGCAUACGUGAAGCUAAGACAGAAGCUUUUACUGUUAAAGAUCACAGAGGAGAAUUGUACAAGAAACACUACCCACCAGCAUUAAAUGAUGACGUAUGGAGAUUGGAGAAGAUUGGCAAGGAUGGGGCAUUCCAUAAGAGGCUAAACAAUGCAGGAAUAUUCACGGUUGAAGAGUUUCUUCAGCUUGUGGUCCGAGAUUCUCAGAAAUUACGGAAUAUUCUUGGAAGCGGUAUGUCGAACAAGAUGUGGGAUGCUCUUUUAGAACAUGCAAAGACUUGUGUCUUGAGUGGGAAGCUUUAUGUUUAUUAUCCUGAAGAUACAAGAAAUGUUGGUGUUGUUUUUAACAACAUCUAUGAGCUGAGUGGCCUCAUUGCUGGGGAGCAGUUUCACUCUGCUGAUGCUCUAUCUGACAGCCAGAAGGUCUAUGUAGAUACGCUGGUGAAGAAAGCAUAUGAAAAUUGGGAUCAAGUUAUUCAGUAUGAUGGCAAGUCACUUCUAAACUUCAAGCAGAAUAAGAGGUCAACCCGAACUGAAUUUCAGACUGGCCCAAUCAGUUACUCCGAUGCUUCAGAUCAUCAACUGCAAGUACCUCGCCUGACAAAUUCAGUUCCCUCAGAGCAACCUCCAUUGGAUCCAGCCCUACCAAUCGGAGGGUAUAAUGAUAAUCUAUCAACAAGAUACUUGACCCAGCCACUUGUAAAUUCCAACUCUCGCACCCAGUUUGAUGGCAGUGGAUUUGCACUAGAUGACCAAUUGAUCAGCAAUUCACAUGAGGGACAAAGCACAAGAGGUGAUGCCAAUGCUGUUGGGCUGGCCCUUGCUCCUCCACAAUCAUCUACAUCAGGAUUUCAGACUAUCAAUUCUUCUUCUCAGCCAUCCACUCUUAAUCCUUUAGAUGACUGGACAACCAACCGAGAUUUCUUUUCAGAGGAAGAGAUUCGCGUUAGAAGUCAUGAGAUGCUCGAAAAUGAGGAUAUGCAGCACUUGCUCAGAAUCUUCAGUAUGGGAGGCCAUGGCUCCAUUGAUGUGCCUGAUGAUGGGUAUUCCUUCCCCUCAUUCAUGCCAUCACCAAUGCCCAGCUAUGACGAAGAUCGCAACCGUCCUGGCAAAGCUGUUGUGGGGUGGCUGAAAAUUAAAGCAGCAAUGAGGUGGGGUUUCUUUGUUAGGAAGAAAGCUGCUGAGAGACGGGCACAGCUUGUGGAGAUAGAGGAUGAAUAG